AUGUAUUCAUCCCCCCUGAGUCAAUACUUUCUUGAUCCACCUAUCGCUGCAAUUACAGCUGCAAGUCUUGAACUGUCUGUGCUCACAUACCUCCUGCCACCCCUGCCCAGUUCAGCCAUUGAGGUCAAAAAGAUAGUGAAGGAGUACGAGCGAGCCGUCAUUUUCAGACUGGGACGGAUAUCAGACAGGAAACCAAAAGGACCAGGACUUUUCUUCGUCCUGCCCUGCACUGAUAACUUUGUGAAGGUCGAUCUGAGAACUGUGUCCUUUGACAUCCCUCCACAAGAGAUCCUGACCAAAGACUCGGUGACAGUGAGUGUGGACGGCGUGGUGUACUUUCGCAUAAACUGCCCCAUCUCAUCUGUGGCUAAUGUGUCCAACGCACACACAUCUACACGCCUGCUGGCUCAGACCACCCUGAGGAAUGUACUCGGCACCAAAAACCUGGCAGAGCUGCUGUCUGACAGAGAGGGAAUAUCACUCAGUAUGCAAGCAUCUCUAGAUGAAGCCACUGACCCAUGGGGCAUCAAGGUGGAGCGUGUGGAGAUAAAGGAUGUGAAGUUGCCUCAGCAGCUGCAGAGAGCCAUGGCAGCAGAAGCCGAGGCCAGCAGGGAGGCCAGAGCCAAGAUCAUUUCUGCAGAGGGAGAGAUGAAGGCCUCGCGGGCUCUGAAAGAAGCCUCUCUGGUUAUCGCUGAGGCGCCAUCUGCUCUGCAGCUGAGAUACCUGCAGACCCUCAACACCAUCGCAGCCGAGAAGAACUCCACCAUCAUAUUUCCCCUGCCGAUAGACAUGAUACAGUGCUUUAUGCAGAAAAAGUGAUGCCAGGAGUUCCAAUAAGGUCUUUUUAAAAUCAUAUUUACACUAUUAUUGUUUGUAUACAGUGUAACAGCUAUGAGCUUCUGUGUGUUCUGCUGACCUGCACUCUGCACCACACUAUUACUUUUUAGAAAAGCUUUCUAUUUUUACAGGAGCUUCAUGUCAUUGUAUACAAGAAAAGAAAAUAUAGAACAAUAUUAUUAUAUAUUAAAAGAUAUAUACACACAAGAA